AUUUGGUCUUCUGCACUUUUAUUUUUUUUAAUGGUAAAUCACAUUACAUCCUUCUUUUCUUUUCUAUCGGGUUUUUGCACUAAAUCUUUCUUUUCUAUUUUUUUUUUUUUUUGGUCAAAAAAUUCAAAAAAAACAUAUAUAUACAUAUAAAAAUACACAAUUGUUCACCAUCUGGACUGUUAAAAUACCUGCUAAAGUAUCUGUCUGUAGCCAGAUCCCAGCAUCAUAAUUCCUAACUCAUUAUAUAUUGAAUCUCAAAACGGCCCAAACACAUAAAAAUCAACAACAAUGGAGUCACUCCUCCUAACGCUUCCAACAACUGUAAUGCUGGCUAUAUAUCUACUUUUUUUUGUUUGCUUUGCCCUAUGGAUAACAAGGGUUGGUCACCUUAACACAGCUAGUAAGAAAAGAGUAGCACCCCAAGCUACUGGGGCAUUGCCUUUGAUCGGUCACCUCCAUCUCCUAGGAGGCUCUCAGUUGCCACACAAAACGUUGGGUUCUAUGGCUGACAAGUGCGGUCCAAUCUUCACCAUAAAGCUCGGGGUAAACCGAGCAUUGGUAGUGAGUGAUUGGGAGAUGGCUAAAGAAUGUUUCACCACCAACGACAAGGUCUUCGCCAGCCGUCCAAGGGCUCUAGCAGUGGAGCUCUUGGCCUACAACUAUGCCAUGUUUGCUGUGAGUCCUUAUGGCCAUUACUGGAGCCAAGUCCGGAAGAUAGUCAUGAUUGAGCUUCUCUCCAAGCCCAGGCUCGAUAUGCUUAGAAAUGUCCGAGUAUCGGAGAUAAGAACAUCCAUAAGAGAGGUAUAUAACUUAUGGGUUCAGAAAAGAAGUGCUUCAAAUGUGGUGACGUUGGAGAUGAAGCGAUGGUUCGCGAACUUAACCCUAAGUGUGAUGGUUAGGAUGCUUGUAGGGAAGCGAUAUUCGCUUGACGACGAAGAGGGGGCACGAGUUGAGAAGGCCAUCACAGAGUUCCAUAAAUUGUUGGGGGCGUUUUUGGUUUCCGAUGCCAUCCCUUUUCUGAGGUGUUUGGAUUUGGGAGGGUACCAGAAGGUCAUGAAGAAGACAGCAAAAGAAAUCGACAAUAUAGUUGAAGGUUGGCUAGAGGAGCAUAAAAGGAGGAGAGAUUCUGGCAUGAUGAAGAGCGAUCAUCAAGACUUCAUGGAUGUGUUGCUGUCGCUUCUUGACCAUACUGAGGCAGAAAAUUUUCCGGACUUUGAUGCUGAUACGAUCAAUAAAGCUACAUGUCUGACAAUGCUAACGGGGGGCACCGACACUACGAUUGUGACGCUGACAUGGGCACUGUCAUUGCUCUUAAACAAUCGACACGCUCUUAAAUUGGUCCAAAACGAGAUUGAUUUCCACGUUGGAAGAGAACGACUAGUGGAUGAGACCGAUGUGAAGAACUUAGUCUACCUCCAAGCUGUCUUCAAAGAAACCUUACGUCUAUACCCUCCCGGGCCACUAUCUAUACCACAUCUGUCCACGGAGGAUUGUGUUGUGGGUGGCUACAACAUCCCCAAGGGCACACGCCUACUGGUGAAUCUAUGGAAGCUACAUCGCGAUCCUAGUGUAUGGUCAGAUCCAAAUGAGUUCCGACCUGAGAGAUUCUUGACGAGCCACAACAACGUUGAUGUUAAGGGGCAGCAUUUUGAGUUGAUACCAUUUGGCAGUGGAAGAAGAAUGUGUCCUGGAAUUUCUUUGGGACUCCAAAACAUGCAAUUGACACUCGCUAGUUUGAUUCAUGGGUUUGAACUUGGGACUCAUUUAGAUGAACAGGUGGAUAUGAGUGAGAGCUUUGGACUAACCAACCUCAAAGCCACCCCAUUGGAGGUUCUUCUCACCCCUCGUUUGCCUCCUAACCUAUAUAUAUAUAUGUGAUAAAAUGCAUGUGAUCAUUAUAUGAUAAAAUGCAUGGGAUUAUCUUUAUCCGGUUGAACUUUAUCUUAUGUGUUUAAAUUUCCCUUAUCAGUAGUCUCUUAUUCCCAAA